AUGGGUAUAAAAGGGUCUAAAGCAAAUUUAUCUCAGAAGACUACUCGUGCACACUCUAAUGGGAUUACUCGUUCAUCUUGUCAAAUGCAAGGUUGGAGAGAAUACAUGGAGGAUUAUAUUUUAAUCCAAGAACAGGAGGAGUUCUAACUUUAUGGAGUCUUUGAUGGACAUGGAGGGAAAGAUGUUUCAGAAUUUUUGUCAGACCACUUCUAUGAAAUAUUUGAAAUGGAACUAAAAAAAAAUCCAGAAAAUUAUCAUCUAGUAUUAGAAUCUACUUUCGAAACUUUGGAUACUAUACUAGCCCAUCGAAUAGCUAGUUCAAAAGUUGGGAGUACUGCCAAUAUCGUCUUGGUUACUAAAGAAAAGGUCUAUAUAGCUAACUUAGGAGAUAGCAGAGCUAUUCUAUUUUCAAAUGAAUCUGUUUAGUAACUCUCUUAAGAUCAUAACAUAUAAUCUGAAUAUGAUAGAAUAAUAUCUAAUGGUGGUUAUAUUAGGGAUGAUAGAAUUAAUGGUUCCUUAACUGUUGCAAGAGCAUUCGGUGACUUUUUCUUAAAAUCGUCAAGAUGUUCCAUAAUUUCUUCAAAGCCAGACAUAGUUGUGAUUGACAGACCUUAAAAUAAAUUUAUCUUGCUAGCUUCAGAUGGAAUUUGGGAAUGUGCAGAUAAUUAAUAUAUAAGCAAAAAUCUCAUAGAAAACAAUUCAUUAGGAAGAUUGUUUAAUUAAUUAAUAGCUAAAAAUAUGAAUUAAGAAUAUGGCUAUGAUAAUAUGAGUGCCAUACUUAUUUAAUUUUGA